AUGUUACGCCGUUUGUGCCCUUGCAUCCGCCGGCGUGCCGCUGACCGCGACGAGCGGAAGAAGCUGAAGAAGAACAAGAAGGUGCAGGCUUAUGAUGUCUCCGACACCAUGUGCAGUGGCUACACUGCCACUGCCGAGCAGCAGCCGCUGCCACCGACGCUGCCACGCCUCCCUUCACCGACGCCACCGACGCCUCCCAACACCUCAGGCGGCGAGACCACAACUACUGAUGAGCUGCUGCCCACCACCAACUUGGGCAGUGGCGAUGUUAAUGUUGCUUAUGACUCACUGGCCCCCACCACCUCACCUAGUGGAGAUAGUAAUACUGCUGGUUUGCAGCCCCCCACCUCCUUUUACAAUGGAGACCACACUGCCGACGAUGAACCGUCUCACCCCACUGUAUUCGAAGGCCGUGACACCACAUCCACUAAUGAACUACUGACCCCCACUGUCUUGCACAGUGACGAUAUUAUUACUGCUGAACUGCAGCCCUCCUCGACACUGGGCAGUGGCAACAAGGCUGCCAACGAUGAACCACCACAUCCCACCAUCUUGGAUGUUUGCGAUGCCACAUCCACUAGUGAGCUGCUUCCUCCCAGCAACCCUGGCAGUUGCGAUUCUAAUAUUGCUGUCUUGCACAGUGACGAUAUUAUUACUGCUGACCUGCAGCCCCCCACGAUACUGGGCAGUGGCAACAUGGCUGCCAACGAUGAACCACCGCAUCCCACCAUCUUGGAUGUUUGCGAUGCCACAUCCACUAGUGAGCUGCUGCCUCCCAACAACCCUGGCAGUGGCGACUCUAAUAGCGCUGAGUCGCUGCCCCCCACCACCUUGGGCAGUGGCGAAGCGUCUGCCGAUGUCAAGCCACCAUGUCCCCCCAUCUUGGAUGGUGGCUACUGCACGUCCACUAAUGAUCUGAAGCUGUCCACCGCCUUGGAUACUAUUAUUGGUUUCAGGGGUUAG